UGGCAUUGAGUUCCUGAUUCGACAUUCAAUAAUGACAACUUCAUUUCUCUUCUGAGAUACAAAGAAGCUGACUGAGAAAACACCCAGAAAUCAAAUGGGGAAGGGAUGUUGAAGAGAGGGUAGGGGCUGAUUCCUGGUGGGAGAUUUUCCAUUAUACUCAAUGGGAGCAAAACAGAGCUUCAUAUUUCAUAUAAGAUUUUGUUCCAAAUAACAAAUCAAAGCAGAACACAGAAUCAGAACAACUGUUUUGGAUGCAGCACCAAUCAGGCUGCUUCCAAAUGCUAUAAAUAUGGAUUAAGAGUGAAUCUUGUGGUUGCUGCACAUGCCUAGUGAACAACUCUGUUUCUUUCUUUUCCUUUCUUUUCCUAAUAUAUUGUUUCCUAUAGAAUAGAAUGCAUGAAAAUAUGGAGAAAUAUAAUAAGACUAUUGUGACUGAAUUCAUCCUUUUGGGAUUUGAGACAAUCCACUCUGUUGAGAUUCUGAUCUUCAUUACCUUCCUGAUUAUAUAUGCAUUGACCAUUACCGGUAAUGUUACAUUAAUUGCACUAGUCCUGGCCAAUCACCAGCUUCAAUUGCCUAUGUAUAUUUUCUUGAUUAACCUUUCAUUCCUGGAACUCAUAAUCACAUCAGCUGUCAUGCCUAAAAUGCUAAUAAAUUUUAUCACGGGGAAGAAGACCAUCUCCUUUGUAGGCUGCCUUACUCAGUCCUUCUUCUAUUUCCUCAUGGGCUCAACUGAAUUCUUCAUUCUGGCUGUAAUGUCAUUUGAUCGCUACGUUGCAAUAUGCUACCCAUUGCGCUAUGCAUCCAUCAUGAACAGAAAUGCCUGUUUCCAGCUCCUUUUGGGAUCAUGGAUUGGUGGCUUUCUGAUUAUUCUAGUUCCCAGCAUUGUAACAGCUGGCCUUCCAUUCUGUGGCCCAAAUAUAGUCAACCACUUCUUCUGUGACAGCGCCCCCUUGCUCAAGCUUGUCUGUGCUGACACAUCAUUGGCUGAAAAGGUUGAUUUUGGGACAUCUUGCAUAUUGCUUCUGGGUUCACUUCUUAUAACAGUUGUGUCCUAUAUUUAUAUUAUUGUUGCUGUAUUGAAGAUACCAUCAACACAAGGUCGAAAGAAAGCUUUCUCAACCUGUGUUUCUCAUAUCACUGUGGUAUCAUUGUAUUAUGGGAGCUCAAUAGUCAUUUAUGUCCGUCCGACCAAAGGGAACAUUCUGGAUUUCAACAAAAUAGGCACAGUACUGAACACAAUAGUGACACCCAUGCUAAACCCUUUCAUAUAUUGUCUCAGGAAUGAGAAGGUGAAGGAUUGCAUGAAACUUUCAUUCGGUAAAAUCAUAAUGUUUCUUAAGAAAUGAAUGUUACAGGAUAUUCCAUCAAUUGGAGUUUUAGGAUUCUUUUAUUUAAAUGGAAGAGAGUCAGUAUAAGACAGCAUGUAGUAUGUUGGACAUAGGUCAUGAAGACCAGAUUCAA